UUGCGGUCCGCUUUUUCUCACGCCGGGUCGAACUCGGUUCGGUAUCAUGGAGGAGGCUGAAAUGCAGCUGAAAGUGAAAAAGGUGACAGACAAGUUUACAGAGAGCAUGUAUGUCCUAGCCAAUGAACCUUCUGUUGCAUUGUAUCGGCUUCAAGAACAUGUCAGGCGGUCUCUCCCAGAACUGGCCGAACACAAAGCUGACAUGCAGAGCUGGGAAGAACAGAGUCAAGGAGCCAUUUACACCGUAGAAUAUGCCUGCAGUGCCAUCAAGAACAUGAAGGACAGUAGCAUGUAUUUCAAGAACAUCGAAGGGCUCCUGAGACAUGCCAUUGCCGUCAAAGAUCGGUUGAAUUCUGCACGGAGGUAGCCCUGGAGAUCCAGAUCUGGGAAAACUCCAUGGCCAUCCUCUCUAUUUAGGGAGAGAAGCUUCAGAUGCCAAGGGGAAGCCGCUCUACACACCAAUGCGACCAAGAUACGUUUAUAUUAACCAGUCUCCAGGUUUAAUCACUUUGUAACAUCAAUAAUUACUGUUAAUUUAACUACAAGCAAAGAACAUAUAUUAGCAAUACUUCAUUUCCAAGGAAGAAACGCUGUAGCCGAGUUCUUAUUGUGUCCUGGUCUUGUACAAGAGCUGGGAUGAGACCGGAUUGGCUUGGUGGAGUAAGUGGGUGGGGAGAGAAUGCACGGAAUCCCAUUAUAUCGAGCCAAACUAUUGGCCUAAGUAGCUCAUGAUGGAUGGGAAGUUGGUCACAUCUCUCCUGAGCCUCCGAUGUGCCAGCUCUACUUGGAAAUCUCAGAUUUUGAACCUCUUCUACUUGCAUAACAAGUGUUGUGCCUUUUGUACUGGCUGCCUAUUCUUCCAGUUCUACCCGCUCCAUCUUCUCCUCUCCUUCCCUUUUUCAAGAUGUCCCAAGUGCUUUUCCUUCUGUUCUCACAGACAAAGGGAGAUUUUUGCCAUCUCCUGCAGGCAAUCUUAGAUUUAAGAUGACCCCCACUACUCCGCCCUACACAAGGGAAGGUUAAAAGAGACAAACCAGGCUACCGAAUUCAGCCCCUCCCAGUUCAAGCUCAGUUAUGUAGAAGAAGGCUUCCGUUUUCUCCGUCCGACAAAUACAUAUAAUGAGAUUUCAGAAGGGUAAAGAUGUUAACUGGGAAUGCAGCCAGUCACUUGUGCUGCAGGGACCAACAUCAUCCCAAGUUUGACUUCGAUUCUUAGCAUGCUCAUUCUAUUUUACACAGAGCUCUUCUCACACUGAACCUAAUGGGUUUCUGGUUCUGUAUGAAGAGUUGGCCAGACCUCAUUUGUGUAUCUGGUGAGAGCCCACUUUUCCAAGGACUGCAUCAAUGCCUUCCAUCCACUUUUCAUGGUCUCCAAAGCCCCCCCCCCCCAAACUUCAAGGAAUGAAAAUCAGAGACUCCUCUCUUACCCUUUUGAAGUGGGGAUCACAACCCACUGAAAGUGUAGGAAUCCAUGCAGUUGGAUGGAUGU